AUGUUCUCCCUGUUUUAUGGCCUAUGGAAGUACAUUUUCAGUAAGACAGAGUUCCAUGUACUUAUUCUUGGAAUCGACAAGGCUGGAAAAACUGUAAAAUCUUUUUUACUUAUUUUAUUUCAUGUUCUUUUCCCAUGGUCUACUAGUUCUUUUUGGUGAUCCAACGAAUUAAAUCAUUUUUAUUUUCCUUGUUCAUGUUUCUUUCUUUCCUCACAAAGUGAAUCAUUAUCUCGAGGCUUUUGUAUAUAUAUAUAUAUAAGGUGGUUAUAAAUUAGAAUCUCCAAGUUGACUAGUUUUUAUGUAUAUUCAAUUUGGAAAUGCGGACAAAGAACUCUGUAUCUUUGAAAUGGAGACGAGGUCACUAAUGGUGACACAAGAAGCGAACAUUGAGAUUAACGUUUAUUCUGCCCAUUGAAUCAUUAUAGAAAUUUGCUACUAGAGAAUUUUUGAUGAUGUCUAGUUUCUUUAGAUAUUGAAGCUGCGGAAGGCUUUCUGAUUCAGUUUUUAGAUAUUGGAUCAAACUUGACUCUGUAAUAGAGUGGUCAAAUCACUGUAGACGACUAUAGGGAAUAUCUGCAACUCAAAACAGACUACUAUUUUCUUCGAGUGCAAAAGCUUUCAUUAUCUAUCUUAGAAAAUAUCAUGUACUUACCUUUUAGAAUUAUUUCCUUUUCUGGGAAGAUUCAAGGGAUGAUGCUGCGCAGAGAAAUAUAUCCUAUUAAAAUCUUGAAGACUGAAUCUGUUCGUCACAUGCAUUUUGUCAUAAAAGAAGGCUGAAAAAUGUUCCUGUCAGGAUUGGGAAGCCUAAGUACCCUUCAGAGAUCAAUACAACUGAGAGUCCUCUUCUAUCCGUGGAUGUGUUCUUGAUGACAAAACACUGCCUCAUUUUUUUGGUUCAUAUUAUCACUAACGAGCAUUCCAUCUGUAGAUGCGUACAUCAUCUACAGAUGUGUGUGCAGUAAUGUACGCAUCUACAUUAGGAUAUGAACGUCACUUCUUUCACAUCUGUGUACGUACUGUUGGAGAAUGAGUAGUGAAUUAGGAAAUAGACUUUAUCCUUGAGUUAUACAUUGACCUCUGGUGUUGUGUGUUAAAAGUCCUGUCAACAUUACUGCACACACAUUUGGUGACUGAGCCAUUUUCAACUUGUAGACUUUGUUGGAGAAGUUGAAGUCAUUAUACUCAAACUCUGAAGGCCUACCAUCUGAUCGGAUAGUCCCCACUGUUGGGCUCAACAUCGGUCGUAUUGAAGUGGCAAACGCAAAACUUGUGUUUUGGGACCUAGGAGGCCAGGUAUGUGAACUAUUUUGUUAGAAAACUUAACGUUAUUGUCUUUUUUCAUCAUCUGUUUGAGUCGUAAGGACACUCUUGAGAAAUGGGAAUUAAAACCAAACCCCUGCCCCUGUAAAAAGAAAACAACAGGCAAUAAUAUGUUCCCUGGAGGAUGGAUUGAACAUGGAAAAAGAUAAAUUCGUCUUAAGCAAACAAAACUAAAAUGGUACUGAACAAGCAGCACCUAUGCUCAUGAUUCAUGUAUGAGUUUGGAUUUUUUGCCUCCUUUAACUUUUAAGUUUGGAUGAUAUUUCAUGAGUAUAAGACGGCUUUUUGUAUGAAUGACAUGAUUAGUUCAUUGUCAUAAUUACCAUGAGGCCUUAUCCCAUUAGUUUGGUAAGCCAGCUGCCAACCAGGAUACGUCUUUCUUUUCUGAUGGAAUAUAACAUCAGUUGUCAAGGAUAGGAGUGCUGCUUUUUUGGGAUUUGAGGAAUCUCAGACGAUUCUAUUUUGGUUUUCUUUUCUAUACUUAUUGUGAACUUCUUGCGCUGGCAGGUUGGUCUACGCACAAUAUGGGAGAAAUAUUAUGAGGAGGCGCAUGCUGUUAUAUACGUAAUAGAUGCUGCUUGUCCAUCCCGUUUUGAAGACUCGAAAUCGGCUUUAGGUUAGUUCGUUUUUGACAUUAGUGCACAUCAGGGAAAUCUGAACUUUUGAACUCUAUUGAAUCACAGGCUUUGAGAAUCAUCUACUCUGUGACUAGGUCCAGCACUCUGUUAACUCUCUUCAGCUCGUAAAUAUCUAUCUCUAUUUUUCCUAACAUGGAAAUUUUGUUCUUAACUUUUCAUUGUUAAUUAGAAAAAAUACUUCGACAUGAGGAUCUUAGGGGAGCACCAGUUUUGAUACUGGCAAACAAACAGGUUAGGAAAAUAUGCGAUCUUAUUGCUGCUUUAUUUUGUAUUUCUGUUAUUGAUUCUUUAUUAUUACUUGAACGGUCUGUAAUUCUUAGCAAAAAUGUACUAAAAAGCCUCCAUCCAUUCUUCGCCAUUCUUUAUAUUUCUUAUUUUCUAAGUCUUUCAGCGAUUCACUACAAUUGAACCGGAUGACAAAAUUUUGCAUGUUGGUUGACUGUCUUUAUGUAUAGAACUUAUCACUAGUAGUUACUUUUUAUUUAUAUUCAUUGGAAAAUUAUGAAAACCUGAAAUAGUUGACUUUGGAAUCAUUUGUAAGGAUUGAUAGUAAAGAUUGUCUUGCAGAGCAUUUGGAAUCCUGAAAAAUCUUGUUCCUUGCGCUCUAUCAUUGAUUAUUUCCUAUGAAUGUGAUAAAUCAUUUUUAUUGUUAUUGGCUAGUGGUAAUGUUAUUCGGUGAUCAUUUUCCUCUCCAAUUGUGUAACGUUUCUAGUGCACGUUGUUGGGAUUGUGGAAGAUUAAGCAUAGACUUCCUUGGAAAAUUUACCACACAUUUUAGACAAAAAAAUAUACACGUGCUUGUGGACCCAUGUCAGAGGGAAGUGGAGCUAUCUGGCACUGAGGGAACGAUUAAUGAGGGGGAAACUGUAGGAGCUGCUAGAAACGGAGAAACAGUCGCUUGUUGGGGGUGCAGGAGCUUUGCCACCAGGGGAUUUGAUCCCCCCAUCAACUGAAGACGACGGGGUGGGUCAUUUGUUGUGCCCAAAUCAGCCUCGAGGAGAAAAUUACGAGGCUUUGAAUUGAUUUCUCUUUUUGGUUUCCUUGUAGGAGAGAGCAUAAUAUUCGAAGAGCAACCGUACGUUUAAUCCAUGACGGUUUUAAUAGAUUCAUUGUGUUGCUUAUGUCGACCCUCAAGUGAUCCAUUCUUUCGAAUUCAUUAAUCUUAGCUGAAAGAUUACAACAGUAGCUUCUUGAGUUCUAGUGAACACCUCUACUUUACUGCCCCAGGGAUUAAUGCACUCUCGUUUCUAAGAAUUUGGAAGACUUUAAGAAGCUUUCCUUUAAGUUUCACUGCUUUAGACGGGUCAGAUCAAAAUAUGAAACCUCAAGACCCCUUAGAUUGAUCGAAAGGCAGUCUAGCCUACACUGCUCUACCUCUAGUUGACACAAAAAUGAAUGAAGGUAGCCUACAAACACAAUGGAGUAAUCAAUGAAGCUCAGGUCCACUUAGUUCUGAUGGUCGGGGAAUCUUGACUGGUGAGGAAAAUUCGUGUAUGUGUUUUAGACAGUCAUACAAAGGCCUCUAUGUUUUCUUCCCUUUAAUUCAAUUCAGAAGCCUUUUAUUAAAGUUGAGCACUUUCCUUUUAAAAUGGGAUAAAGUGAGCAGCAGUUGAAGAUUUUCUAGCUUUCCAACAGUAAUAUUUUGUACAUCUAUGGGCUAGUUUCUGCAGUCCAGGCAUCCUGUUAUUUAAAAAUUACAGGCCCAUGGGGGCAUGUCUCCCUUGUUGGAGGUUUCACUCCUUUGCCCUGAAAAAUCGUAUUCUAUUGAGUUGUAGUAAUCUAGAGUUAACUGAACCUGCACUUCCACUAUCUUAGGGGAGAAGAGCACAUCACUGACUAAACGCAUAAAACCAUAAGCUCCAUUUAUUCUGUCAUCAUGAAUUGAUAAUUCAUUAUUCUCUGUUAUUGAAUAAAUUUUCCAUUUUUUCAUCAUUGAAACGCACGAACAAAGUCAACAAUAACAAGACGAAGAUACUGUUCAGAGGCAAUGUAUGCUUGGAGAUAAAUUUACCAGCCCUUGGAUCAAAAUGGUUUUAGAGUUGGAGAAAGUGGCAGAUGCUGUUGAAAGAAGAAAGAGCUGCAGAAAUGGCCCUGUAAACACCCUCAGUGGUCAAGUAACAUUGAUUAGGAGUUCUUGCUUUCCAACUCAUACAUGGGCAAACUGCCAUGGACUUACAGCAGUAGUUGUGGAAAGAAAGUCAUUCUACUACUCUCUUGAUCCCAUUAUAAGAACAAAGUUAAAGCUCAUAAAUAUAAAGAAAUUCAGCAGUGAAACAUCAUAGAUAAAAACAUCAAUGAUAUGCUUGUAGAAUGUUAUAAUAAAUCACAGAAGCACUCAUUACAUGUAGCCCUUAAGGCUGAAUUUGAUGCCAAGCCAAGAACAUUUGGGUUCAUCAACUUGCGCCCAAACGUUGCAUUGAAUGUAUUAAGCGUUCUGACCAUACGUCAUGGAUCAUGGCUCUUGUUUAAAGCUUGGCUAGCGCAAUGGUAAUCUGUAUAAUGAGGAAGAUAAAGUAUGAAUGUAGAAAGUAUUUAAAAAAUUGCUCCUACAAAGUUUUUAUUGUGUGGUCUUUAGUGUGUCAGAAGUCGUCUUCUAUAAACUUCAGUAGGAAUUUAGUCAAUAUUCAUGCAAGGGGGAUCAGUAGUUUAUUAGGAUAUUCCUCCUGCAUUGGGCCUCCAAGCUCAGUUUGAUAACCAGUCAAGGGUCUUUGGGUUUCUCAAUUAAUGUCCCAAGGUCUGGACUAAACAUGUCAAAUCUCUUUAAUCAUCCAUUACGAGAAUACCAAAAGGGGAGUAACCCUCAUCCGCAUGCAUGGUGUAGAACAAGGUAUGAAAAGGGAGAGAGAUGUUGGUCUUUUAAGGUAAAUUUCUAGCACCAAUGUGCCAACCACGGUUUUCCCGAUUCCCUUGGUGACAAAAAAGAGAAAUUAGCCGGCAUUUACAGCAAUUCUGUGCAUGCUCUGUGCAAGGGAGUUCGACAUGUAAUGGUUAAGCCCGAGAGUUGCCUCUGAAUUGUUUGCCAUUUGGAGUUGUAGUGGACCAACAGAUGAUCCAGCGUGAAAGAAGUCUAGGGUUCUCUAAACUUAGUGUAAUCAUCUUUAUCUACUAGCUUAAGAAUCUAUAUUAGUGAAAAUGUAAUACUCUGCAGGAUUUUAUGCAAUUCUCUGCCGUAAGAAUAUGUGGGAACUGAACCAACCAGGAGAUAAGUGGUCUUAAACGAACUCUAAAUUGAAAAAGACCAUUCAUAGUUCAGUGACUUCAGAAGAAAGAAAAUACUUUCUAUCAAUUCGUUAAUAUCUUAAUCUCAAGCCUUUAACUGCGGAUUAGGACCUGGGUUUUGUUCCUGAUUCAGAAUAUGGAUUGGUGAAACUGACUUUUUUUUUUUUCUUUCUUUUGCGUGGUCGAUUUAUCGAUCCUUUGAUUGUUUUAUAGUAAAUUUUGUACCCCUUAUACACAACCACCUUGCCACUUCUCCAUAAUGAUCUGGCGGUAUCUCCUGGAUCUUUGAAAGGGAAUUGGGAGAUGUUAAAGAAUCGUACAGCGGAAUAUGUAAAGUCUGACAGGUUCUUGGUAUUGAUUUUGGCAGGAUCUUUCUGGCGCAACAUCAGCGGAGGAAGUGGCUCGGUAUCUGGAUUUGAAAGAGUUAGAUGACCGACUUUACAUGUUUGAAGCUGUAUCUGCACAUGAAGGGUAAGACCCAAGAACUCUCCUCAACUGCAGUCUGUUUCUAUAAUGGGUACAGGCUCGUCAAUCCCAAAAGUAUCUAAAUUGAUGAUUUUAAAGGGUAAUUUACUGCUGAUCCAUUAUGGAUCACAAUGGGCAGACUUCAUUUUCCAUAUUAUUGAUCUUUUUCAUAUUAUUUUUCCAGGAUGGGGAUCAAAGCUGCCACCGAGUGGUUGGUGGGGGUGAUAGAGAGGAGCAAGAGAGCUGAAGCCUUGAGGGCUCGCGCUGGAGCCAACGCUGUUGUAUGA